AAAGCCUCGGGUGCCAGUGCAGCAAGAUGAGGGGGGUUUGGGGCCCUGCAUAAGAGGACGGAGGGGGCCACAGCUGAUUGCUGUGUCCCCACAGACCUGAGCCUUGUGUUGCCCACCAUGGCCAAAGGUGGAGAGGCUCUGCCACAGGGCUGCCCAGUGCCAGCCCAGGAUCCCCACCUCAUCAAAGUGACAGUGAAGACGCCCAAGGACAAGGAAGAUUUCUCAGUUACAGACACCUGCACCAUUCAGCAGCUGAAGAAAGAGAUCUCACAGCGCUUCAAGGCCCACCCUGAUCAGCUCAUCCUAAUCUUUGCUGGAAAAAUCCUCAAGGACCCUGACUCGCUGGCACAGUGUGGAGUACGAGAUGGCCUCACUGUUCACCUGGUCAUCAAGAUGCAGCGCCGCUCCAUAGGCACUGAGUGCCCAGCUUCUUCAGUCCCUCCCCCAGGUCCAAGUCCUGGGUCACUCCCCCAGCCAAGUUCCAUUUAUGCAGCAGAUGGGCCUCCCCACUUCAGCUUAGGUGUCCUUGGUGGGUUAGGCCUGAUGCCCGGUAGCGUCCCUGACCAGCUCAGCUCACUGCUAUGGCAGCCCAUAUCACUGCCUGAGUUUGUGACUCAGCUUUAUGACGACCCCUUCAUUCAGGGUCUGCUGUCCAACACGAGCCUGGUGCGCCAGCUGGUUCUUGACAACCCUCACAUGCAGCAGCUGAUCCAGCACAACCCGGAGAUUGGACAUAUUCUAAACAACCCUGAAAUCAUGCGACAGACCUUGGAGUUUCUCCGUAACCCUGCCAUGAUGCAAGAGAUGAUGCGUAACCAGGAUCGGGCUCUCAGUAACCUGGAGAGCAUCCCAGGUGGCUACAAUGUGCUUCGUACCAUGUACACAGAUAUUAUGGACCCAAUGCUCAAUGCAGUACAGGAGCAGUUCGGUGGCAAUCCUUUUGCCACUGCCGCUACUGCUGAUACCAGUAGUGGCAGCAGCCAACCUUCAAGGACAGAGAAUUGUGAUCCUCUCCCCAACCCCUGGACUUCCACAUAUGCAGGCUCAGGUGGCAGACAAGGAAGGAGACCUGGAGGCCAGGCUACAUCUGAAAUGAGAAAUAGAGUUCCAAACUUUUUGGGUAACAUAGGCCUCUAUCAUUAUCUCCAGCGAUUACAUGCAAUGCCCCAGUCCCUAGGGACCUAUUAUCAGGGGACCACAUCUUCCCACAGCUCAAGCCAAGAACCACCAUCAUCAGGAAGCAGAGUUCCCCCAACUUCAUCCUCAUCCCAGGGGCCUAGGUCAGGCCAGCCUCUCCCCAAGAAAUCAGUAGCAAUCACAGGAAAUUCUUCUUGCUCAGCUUUCCUAAGAUACUCUUCAGGGAGCAGAGCUGGGCAAGAUGGAGGCCAGAAUGUUACAGGGAAGAGCUCUACUGGCCAUAGCCUGCCUGAUCUUGUAUCUGAGCUUGGCAAUUCUGCCAACAGGGCUCCAUUUUUUCUUUCACCACCUUCUCCUAUGACUGCUACUCCUGGAGUCCCUCAUCUUCCCUGGCUGCUACCACCCAGUCAUUCAAGGUCUCUGAGACCAGAUAGUGUGAAUCAGGCCCCACAGUUGCAGGAUGAGAUGCACGAGCAUCUGCCACUCCUGCUGAACCUUCAGGCAGCCAUGGAAAACCCUCGUGCCAUGCAAGCCCUGCUGCAGAUUGAACAGGGCCUACAGGUCCUGGCUACUGAAGCACCUCACCUCCUACUUUGGUUCAUACCUUGCUUAGCAGGGGUGAGUGGUAUAGAAGGAGGGACACAGUCUGGAGAAGGUGCCUUUAUGUCUGAGCAUCCCCAGCCAACUCCAGCUCUUCAGGUUUCUCCUUUACAGGGCUCAUCAGAGCACAGCUUGCAUUCCACUCCACUCCUGCAGAUGUUGCAGGCCAUGGCUGGAGCCAAUCCCCAGCAACCACACCCUGAGUCUCACUUCCGGGUCCAACUGGAACAACUUCAGGCUAUGGGCUUUCUGAAUCCUGAAGCCAAUCUGCAGGCCCUCAUUGCCACAGGGGGUGAUGUGGAUGCUGCUGUGGAGAAGUUGAGGCAGUCACUGAAAUCUUAGUUUACAGACUUAUCUUUUCCUCUGUGCCUUUUCCCUAUACUCUAUUACCCUAGCUCUCCCAUUCUUGAAUACAGUGGCACUAUAAACCAAAUUUACUAUGAUGCCCUUUAUAGUGUUGCUCCAGAACCAGUGAGCAAGAAGAGUAAAAAGCGUGUAUGGGGGUUGUUGCAUAUGUGUGACUCAACCACUCCCACCAUUGUAGCACUAUGAGUCUGAA